CUUCGCAUCCCUGUAGAUACGCCGCGAAUUUUACGCACUAGCCGGCUGGUCUGGAGAAAAAAACCUUGGCAGUUCUGAAAAAACAUCUCAGCUCUUACAGCAAAAUCGUAAUACAGCGUUGAUUGUGACAAUUAACCAUACUAGAGGUGUUUAAGGCAGGGAGUUGCCGUCAAGGAUAUUUUGCUUUCCUAGCGCAAAAAAAGCAUACAAGUAAAGAGGACUUGUUGCAUUCUCGGGUUUUCAUUUGGCCCUUUGACAUCUGUUUCUCCCCCUAGUGUGAUCCAGGCCUGGGCAUGGACGAGCGCACCGCCACUAUGGACCCCAGCAGUUGGAGCGGCAGCGAGAGCCCCGCAGACGACAUGGAGAGGAUGAGCGACGGGGCCGACAAGGGCAUGGAUGGGGACCCCGAGGGCGUGUGGAGCCCUGACAUCGACCAGAGCUUCCAGGAGGCGCUGGCUAUCUACCCCCCCUGUGGGCGCAGGAAGAUCAUCCUCUCAGACGAGGGCAAGAUGUACGGUCGCAAUGAAUUGAUAGCGAGAUACAUCAAACUGAGAACGGGAAAGACAAGGACAAGAAAGCAGGUCUCCAGUCACAUUCAGGUUCUUGCCAGACGGAAAUCUCGGGAGUUUCACACCAAGCUAAAGGUCACAUGUAUGGACCAGAGUGUGAAGGACAAGGCACUGCAGAGUAUGGCCUCCAUGUCCUCGGCUCAGAUCGUCUCUGCCACCGCCAUCCACACCAAGCUGGGCCUCCCAGGCUUCCCAAGACCCACCUUCCCUGGGGCAGCAGGGUUUUGGCAGGGUAUGAUGUCCACUGGCCAGCCUGGAUCCUCACAAGAUGUUAAGCCAUUUGCCCAGCAGGCCUACCCCAUCCAGACAGCUGUAACGACCACCAUCUCAGCGUACGAGCCUCCCACAGCCCCCAUGCCUACAGCCCCAGCCUGGCAGGGCCGCUCCAUCGGGACCACCAAACUCAGACUGGUGGAGUUCUCUGCCUUCCUGGAGCAGCAGAGAGACCCUGACUCUUACAACAAGCACCUGUUUGCGCACAUCGGACAGACUAACUACUCGUACAGCGAUGCCCUACUGGAGGCUGUCGACAUCUGUCAGAUCUACGACAAGUUCCCAGAGAAGAAGGGAGGACUGAAGGAGCUCUUUGGAAAGGGUCCUCACAACUCCUUUUUCCUGGUCAAGUUCUGGGCUGACCUGAAUUGUAACAUCCAGGAUGACUCUGGGGCCUUCUACGGUGUGAGCAGCCAGUAUGAGAGCUCUGAGAACAUGACCAUCACCUGCUCCACCAAGGUGUGCUCCUUCGGCAAGCAGGUGGUCGAGAAGGUGGAGACGGAAUAUGCUCGCUUCGAGAACGGACGCUUUGUCUACAGGAUAAGCCGCUCCCCCAUGUGUGAAUACAUGAUCAACUUCAUCCACAAACUCAAACACCUGCCUGAGAAAUACAUGAUGAACAGUGUCCUGGAGAACUUCACCAUCCUAUUGGUGGUGACCAACAGAGAGACACAGGAGACGCUGCUUUGCAUGGCGUGUGUGUUUGAGGUGUCGAACAGCGAACACGGAGCUCAACAUCACAUCUACCGGCUAGUCAAGGAAUAAGAGACUGAGGCCUAGAUUCAAUCAGAUCGAGCAUUAACCGACAUCCGCAUAGCAGAUGUUUUGGAGGUGUUGGAGGUGUAACUGCGGUUUGAGCUGAAAUAUCGGUGAGCGGCUGCUCUUGUGUGGCACCAACCACUCCCUUCUUUAUUAUCCCUACCGCGUUAGAAGUUCAAGACAGUGCUAGAAAGUGUAGGUUCUAUCAAUGUUAGAAGUAAUGACUUUCAAAUGUCAAACCAUUGAUGUUAGGCUAAUGCAUGUUUUCAUGUUCAUUUGGAUGGGGGAUUGAUAGCCUAUCAGUCUAAUUCGAGUGUUUGAACUUGUAACGUGGAUGCAUGAACUUCUAACGCGGCUGCAUGGGAUUUUGUCGGAUUAUAGUCGGGUGUGAUUUCGUUGCAUCCAAUGGCAGUGUCCACGAUAAUGUAACGCAACGAGCCGCUUGUGGAUUGGACAGCUCUCUGCAGUUCCACCUCGGACACCGCCAAAACAACCCCUAUGCGGAUGUCAAUCUGAUUGAAUCUAGCCCUGACACUCAGUGUAAACAUACUUCAUUCAGACUGGGACAAACUAUCACAUAGAGCUAUCUACCUGAAGGACAUGUAGCUUAUGAAGGAUGGAGGGAAGACAUUGAAGGACAGACCCUGAGUAUUGUCAGGGUUGUGGGAGAGACACGAGGCAACCGCCCAGUGAAACAUGCCUUCAGAAUGACUUACUGACAACCUUAUGGAAAGUGGCUGUGCCUCUACACAAAUCCCACCCACAAUGUCCUUUGGUUACAUUGGGGUGAAGUCUAUCACGGAUAAUAUUAUCAUUAUAUUUUUGUCUUUUUAAUGUAUAUUUGUAUGAGUGCAGCUGUCAAUCUGUGGUAUAGUUGUGUCAUGUGCCAUUUUUCCAGACUAGUUCAGGUCUGUAGUGUAGAAAGUGUACAUAUGAAGGGGCAUUGUGUAACAUAGGAAGAUGUUCUGUGGAUUACAUUUGGAAACUACUAUCAGUUUCCAGCUUUUUAUACUGUAGUCAUCACCAAUAUGAACCAAUUACAUAAUAGCCUUUCUUAAUUAGAUAAAUAGAAAAACUAUACAAACAGUUACUAUAUAUACAAACGUAUGUGGACACCCCUUCAAAUUAGUGGAUUCGGCUAUUUCAGCCACACCAGUUGCUGACAGGUGUAUAA